AUGACUUCUCCUUUAAUUCAAAAAGAUAUAGUUAAUGCAAUUGCAAGUGAGACAACUGAAAUAAUAAUUAAUGAUCUUGGUGAAGAAUUAUUUGGAAUAAUAGUUGAUGAGUCAAAAGAUAUAUCAGUUACAGAGCAAAUGAUUGUGUUUAUUCCGUAUGUGAAUUCAAGUGGGCAUAUUGUUGAGCAUAUGCUUGGAAUUACUCAUGUUCGUGAUACUACAUCUAUGUCUCUUAAAGUAGCCAUUGAAGAUCUUCUAACAAGGCAUGUAUUAAGCAUUUCAAGAAUACGAAGCCAAGGAUAUGAUGAAGCAAGUAAUAUGCGAGCACUUGUGGAUGCAGCAAGAGAAAAUAGUGCUGUUGGAAAUUUUUUUGUCACUGUCUCGCAAUUGUGCAAUAUUGUUCUUGAUGAAAUAGGAGUCAAUGAGGGUCCAAAACAAAGGACAGAAGCAUUUGGAGUAUUGAAGGAUGUUCUAUGUUUUGAUUUUGUAUUCUUUUUGCAUUUGAUGAAGGAUGUUUUAGGAAUUACCAAUGACUUGUCAUAG